UGAAGGCGGGCGCGCCAUUUGCUGCCUGCUUUUACUUUGAAUGGCUGGGGCUGCGCAUGCGCGGUGCGGUGAGUUUUUGUUGUAAGGGAGUUGAUGGCAGCCGGAGAGUGAAUUUCCCCGCUUUAGAUCAGAACCGAGCCCGAACUCGAGCCCGGACCCGCGCCGCGCUCUCCCCCGGUACCGCAGCGCGCGGAGCGGCAGCAGGAUGUUGGGGCACUACGGCGGCGCGGAGCGGUCGCAGCUGCUGAGCUACGUGGAGGAUUAUCUGGAGUGUGUGGAGUCUCUCCCGCUGGAUAUCCAGAGAAACGUCUCGCUGCUGCGCGAGAUCGACACCAAAUAUCAAGAAAUCCUGAAGGAGGUGGACGAAGUGUAUGAAAAGUACAAGAAGGAGUCUGAUGGAGCUCAGAGGAAGCGUCUGCAGAUGCAGCUCCAGCGGGCGCUGAUCAGCAGUCAGGAGCUGGGCGACGAGAAGAUCCAUGUGGUCACUCAGAUGAUGGAGCUGGUGGAGAACCGUUCUCGGCAGAUGGAGGCCCACUCGCCCUGCUUCCUGGAGCCGGGAGAGACCGAACGUUCGGCUGAGAAGGUCCGGCACGAGACCAGCAGCAGCUCCGCCAACGUGGUCUCGGAGCGAGUGUCGUCUCGCCGGCCGCGGCGACACCGGAACAGCGAGAGCCGCGACUCCUGCCUCGGGGCCAACGGCACGCUGGAGGACUUGUGUGACGAACCCACCCAGCAGCCCCGCGAGAAGAAGUCCAAAUCGGCCAAGAAGAAGAAGCGGUCCAAAGCCAAGCAGGAGCGUGAGGCGUCACCGGUGGAGUUCACCAUCGACCCCAACGAGCCCACGUACUGCCUGUGCGAGCAAGUUUCCUACGGCGAGAUGAUCGGCUGCGAUAACGAGCAGUGCCCCAUUGAGUGGUUCCACUUCUCCUGCGUCGGACUCACCUACAAGCCCAAGGGCCGGUGGUACUGUCCCAAGUGCAGGGGGGACAACGAAAAGACCAUGGACAAAAGCACAGAGCGGCCCAAGAAGGACCGGAGGUCCAGGUAGUGCCUCGACGCCUCUGAGAUAUUAGGCCUAUAAGAAUUAGCCUGGAACCGUCUAGGGCUGCACAAUGUAGAGCGAACGAUCAGGGCUGGACCGAUAUGCAAUCUGUGGGCCGAUACUGAUAGCUGAUACUAAUAUUUUCAAUUUGAAUGCAAAAACGCAUCAUCAAAAAUGUAUACGAUCUGAACUGAUCCAUCUAAUUCCAUUCAGUCUAUUUAGAUGAGAUUUCCCCAGAAUUGUGAUAAAUUAUGUUCACAUUUUCACAUUUAAAACCAUUUAAGACCUAUUGUUCUGCUGAUAUGAUAAUAUACAUGCAAUGACAAUUUAAAGCAGUUUAAAGCAUUAUCAUUAUAAAAAAUAAAUCACUUGCUAAACAUCA